UCGCGGUGCGCACUUUGUGCUUCAUCUGUCCGUCAUACAGAUCGCAUCGGUCUCGAUACACACACAUACACACACAUACACACACAUACACGUACACUACCGUUUCCUCCCUUUCUCUUUCUCUCUCUCUCUCUCUCGUGACAACACUUAUUUCCCGCUGCAUUCGUAACUGCACUGUUAUCGGCUGCACUCGUGCGUCGCUUCCUCGCAUCUUCCACGGAACUUCUCUCUACAAGUUGGACUCUCCUCCUGCGCGGCAGCGUACAAUUCGCAGGGUCCAAAGAUGCCGUUAUCGGAGUUCCGCAAGAAAAAAUUACUCUUCGUCUUCAACGCUUUCUUCGAUGUUAAUCAAAGUGGCACCAUCGACGUAAAGGAUUUUGAUCUUGCCGUGCAACGAAUCUGCAACUCCAGACAUUGGAAGCCGGACGAUGCCACGUCACAACACAUUAAAAAUACCUUGACUAAGGUUUGGGAAGGACUGCAACAACGGGCCGAUGCCGAUCAAGACGGACAAAUCAGUCGCGAUGAGUGGUACUCGAUGUGGGAAGACUACGCGAAAGACCCGGCACACGCACUCGAGUGGCAACAAACGUACAUGAACUUCAUGUUCGAUCUCGAGGAUUCUUCCGGUGAUGGAUCGAUCGACGAGACUGAAUUCAGCAAGGUGUGCAGCAGUCACGGCGUCGAGGAGGCCGAGGCACGUGAGGCGUUCAAGAAAUUGGGGGUGGGUCAGGAGGUGACUCGCGAGAAAUUUGCCGACUUGUGGAAGCAAUAUUUCUGCUCUGACGACCCAAACGUACCUGGAAACUUUAUAUUCGGAAAGACUUCUUUCUAACUCCGCCACCCCUGUGAGAAUUGAAGGCGCGCAUAUACAUAUAUAUAUAUAUAUAUAUAUUUUACGACAGAUUAUUAUUUUAUGCGAACGUACGACUCGUUAAUGUGAGAUAGACGCAAUCCUGUAAUCUAAUAGUCAAAAUUCUAUUUCGUUUACUGCUCUCCCGUGUAAUUAUAUCAAGCUAAUGAAUAUAAUUAUAAUUAAACGAUCGAGAGAACAUUGCAUUACACCCUCUACUCUUUAACAUCGCUUUCUUAUAUCGCAAUUACAACGCAUUUAAAUCCCAUUUAUUACGGUAAAGUGAUUUCGGCGGAACAACAUAAAGUUUCUUUACGCAAAUUGGUUUGUAAUUUUAUUUACUGGAUAUUUUAUUGAAUCUGCCAGCUAACCGAUUGGUACGCAACAGAGGAAAAGUAACAGAAUCAAAUAAAUUUAAUUGGUAAUUUUUUCUGCCCUGUGUGUCUAUUGCUUCUUUGACGGUAAUAUUUGCAACAAUCUCUCAAACUGCCGAUCUUCAAAGCUACGAUUUUAUUUUGUACUUUUAACGUCCGGUCAAAGUAUUUUGAAAAAUUUAUUUCUGCAAAAAUGCAUUAGUUCCUUCGAUUAGAAAGCUUCUUAUGAUAAUUAUUUAGUAUUAAAUGCGUGCUAGAAUUAAGUACCUAUCCUUACGGCGGAUAUCGAUCCAUCACCACCGAGGAGCUAAUUAUGUCACAUAGUAUGUAAAUAAAUGCCCUUGCGAAUUAUAAAAGUGAUUAUGCUGUUUCGAUGCGCGACACAAAGAAAGGCAAAUCGAGAUAUUUUUCGUCGCAUAUAUAUUUAUAUAUUCGCGACGUGUCCACAAUACGGAUCGAAAGAUUAAACAUAAAUCUAUCAAUUUUUUUUUGUUCCGCCAAUCUUGCCUUUACUUUGUCGGAUUGAAAGAUAUUUUUUUGGACAAUUUACCGAAACUGCUUGACACUUAACGCCAAAAGGAGAGACA